CUACUUGAGAGAGUGGUUUCAGUCUACGACUGCAAAAAGGAAUAAGUAAAGAGGUGAUGGAGGGUGGAAGAGACAAAGAAGAUGAACAAGAUGGUAUUUCCGUACAUUCCCCUUGCAAAGCUCCACCGUCUUCCGCCUCUUCUCUUCCUAAGGAGCAACAGGAGGUAGAAUUGGAGCUGAGGCUAUUGGAAGCACUUGAAAUCUAUCCUCCCGUCAAAUUACGAGGCGUGCAUCGCCACUUUGUACUCUAUGGUCUGAUGGAAUUCCUGCGGAAAAGCCUUGACCGACAUUUUUCUCCAGAUGAGGUUUUACAAUUGCUAGAUCGUUUCUACAACUUAGAAGUUCUGAAACCAGAUGAUGAAGAGAUUGAUAUCCUAAAUCACGAGGAAGAUUUCUGCUUGCCACAAAGCUAUUUUGUCAAGGAAGAACCCUAAAUCAUAUUUUGGGGAAUUGGGGCAUUCAUAUAUCUGCACUAAAUAUGGUUUUCUACUUGAGAUCUGAUGAUAUCUAACUGUGAUAACUCAUAAUGUUCCUUGAUCAUGUUGCACAAUAUUAUUGUAAAAAUUAGGUUGCAAUUUUGAUGGAAUGUGAUUAGUUUGUUGACA